GCGGCACGUAAAUGACAAAUGAACGUUUUUCAUUUCUGUGCUUCUAAUUGACCGGAUAAAUAAACAAUAAAACAACAAGAAAAUGUCUCGCGAUAGUGCUACAAAUCAAUUAAAUGAUUAUAAAAAUACAUUGACCACUCCCCCUGGUGCUAUCACCACUGGCUCUGGUAAUCCAGUCGGCAUUAAGGAUGCCACCAUGACUGUUGGUCCCCGUGGCCCAGUGCUCUUGCAAGAUGUCCAGUUCCUCGACGAGAUGUCUCAUUUCGAUCGUGAGCGCAUACCCGAACGUGUUGUGCACGCCAAGGGUGCCGGUGCUUUCGGCUACUUUGAGGUAACCGAUGACAUUAGCAAGUACUGUGCUGCCAAGAUAUUCGAAAAGGUAGGCAAACGUACACCGGUGGCCAUGCGCUUCUCCACCGUAGGAGGUGAAAGCGGUUCAGCUGAUACCGCACGUGAUCCACGUGGUUUUGCUGUUAAAUUCUAUACCGAUGAUGGUGUUUGGGAUUUGGUGGGCAACAAUACACCCAUCUUCUUCAUUCGUGAUCCCGUUCUAUUCCCCAGCUUUAUUCAUACCCAAAAACGUAAUCCCCAGACCCACUUGAAGGAUCCCGAUAUGUUCUGGGACUUUAUUUCGUUGCGUCCCGAGUCGACUCAUCAAGUUUGUAUUUUGUUCUCGGAUCGUGGUAUUCCCAAUGGCUACCGUUAUAUGCAUGGCUAUGGUUCUCAUACCUUUAAGAUGGUCAACGACAAGGGUGAACCCAUCUACUGCAAAUUCCACUUCAGAUCUAAUCAAGGCAUUAAGAAUUUGGAUGUCAAGAAAGCUGAUGAUUUGGCUAGCUCUGAUCCUGACUAUUCCAUACGUGAUUUGUUCAAUGCCAUCAAGGCUGGUGAAUUCCCUAGCUGGAAUUUGAAUAUCCAAGUCAUGACCUUUGAACAGGCCAAGACCUUCAAGUACAAUCCCUUUGAUGUUACCAAAGUGUGGCCUCACAAGGAAUUCCCCUUGAUUAAAGUGGGUAAAAUGGUGCUCGAUCGCAAUCCCACCAACUACUUUGCUGAAGUUGAACAAAUUGCUUUCAGUCCUGCUCAUUUGGUGCCUGGCAUUGAACCCUCUCCCGACAAGAUGUUGCAAGGUCGUCUGUUCUCCUACUCGGAUACCCAUCGUCAUCGUUUGGGAGCCAACUAUUUGCAAAUUCCUGUCAAUUGCCCCUACCGUGUGCCUGUUAAGAACUAUCAACGUGAUGGCCCUAUGACUGUCACCGACAAUCAAGGUAAUGCCCCCAACUAUUAUCCCAACUCCUUCUCUGGUCCCCUGGAGUGCCCACGCGCCCGUAACUUACAAACCAAAACCCCUGUUUCUGGUGAUGUCUACCGCUAUAGCAGCGGUGAUACCGAGGACAACUUUAGUCAAGUCACCGACUUCUGGUUGCGUGUUUUGGACGAUGGUGGUCGCAAACGUUUGGUCAGCAAUAUUGCUGGUCAUUUAUCGGCCGCCAGCCCCUUCAUUCAGGAGCGUGCUGUCAAGAACUUCUCCAUGGUUCAUCCCGAUUUUGGCCGCAUGUUAACCGAGCAAUUGAACUUGGCCAAAACAGCCAAGAUCUAAUUUGUUCUUUUUUGUUUUUCUAAAUAAGUGCAAUUUAAAGGCAUUUUAGUAUGUUUCUUCUGGUUGUGGGUCUCUAAUUUACCCUUUUAAGAAAAAUGCGAGAAAUUUCUUAAACUUCUUUUAAAAUUAUGUUUUUUUUUUUGUUUUUUACUUUUACAAUUAUUAUUAUUAUUAUGCUAACAAAUUUUUUUUGUUUGUGCAAAAAUCACUGAUAAACAACAUUUCCAAAUAAUCAAAUGGUAUCUAACUACUACAUAUAUUUUUUUUUUACUUAACAUUUUUAAAUAAAAACUUUUUGAUAAAUCUAAUAAAA